AAAGUAUAGAGAUGAGAGAGUCAGUAGUCACAUAUGUCAGGAUGUAUCGGGUGGUGCGUCAAACUUUAAAUUGAUUUAUGAAGUGUUUCUGUUCUUUUUUUUUCUUUUUCUUUUCUUUUCUUUUCUGAUAUAUACAAGAAAACCGAAUCACGUUUCUAUCUCUCUCUCUCUCUCUCUCUCUCUCUCUCUCUCUCUCUCUCUCUCUCAUUUGCUCGUUCGUCAAAACUUCAUUUUACGUUUAUAGUGCAAGGAUUAAGAAGAAGUAAAAAAGAAAACAAAGAAGAAGAAAAAGGAAGAGGAAUAUGGAAAAUAAAUAAAAAAAAAAAAAAAAAAAAAAAGGAAAAGAAAAAAAAGAAAAGCAAAAAUAGAAAAAUUGUGAAAAUAGAGAAAAUAGUUGAUGAUAAGAGAGAGAUAACGUAUAUAAUGUUAUAGAAGGUGACAUAAACGCUUUGUGAAACACUUCGGCGCAGGCGUAGCCAUUUUGAAUGUUCCUUUACGAAUGAGAAUCAUCCCCCCUUUCUCUCUCUCUCUCUCUCUCUCUCUUUUCUCUCUCUCUCUGUCUCUUUUUCUCUCUCUGUCUCGGUUUAUAGUGUUCAUUCGACAUUAGAAGCAUAGAAACUUCGGUAUGUCGCUGAUCGAGAUUAGAAGGACGAUCGUCUACGUUCUAAUAUUUGGAUUGUUAUUUUUAUUACCGAUCAAAUGUCAAACUCCAAUGAGUCUGUUAAUCGUGAUAGAAAACGAGGAUAGCUCGAUUUUGAGUGUAUUAAAUGAUGCAGCCUCGAGUGCGGAGAAGGAUUUUGGUAAUGAUAUAAUAACAGUGCACUUGUCCAAGGUCGAAGUAGAUCGGGAAAAUUUAGAUGAGAGCUUUCAAAAAGUUUGCGCUGUAUUAUACAAAGGCGUCAGUCUUAUAUUGGACAUGACUUGGUCCGGUUGGGAUUUAUUACGAAUAGUGGCAGAGGAUAAAGGUAUUGUUUAUAAACGUGGCGAUUGUAGUAUCAAUCCUUACGUUCAAGCUGUCGACGAUUUGUUAUUAAUGAAAAAUGCUACGGACGUUGGUCUCAUUUUCGAGGACGAAAGAGAACUCAAUCAAAGUUUGUAUUAUCUCAUUGGUAUCUCGAUAAUCAGAUUGGUCGUUAUCGACGAGUUUACUGAUAGAACGGUUUCGAAAAUUCGAAGUAUGAGACCAUCACCCUCCUAUUAUGCUAUUUAUUCGAGUACAUACAAGAUGGAGGAAUAUGUUAAAACGGCCAUCGAAGGUGGUUUAGUUAAAAGGGACGACAUAUGGAAUUUGAUUUUUACCGAUAAUCGUUACAAAGACUUCAAAUACAUUAGCGUCGAUUCGUUUAACGUAUCCUGCACGGUUUUAACCAUGAAUCCUGACGUUUGUUGUCAUUUGUUAAACGAAUCCAGUUGCAAUUGUCCGGCCGAUUUUCAGAUAUCUCCAAUCUGUUUCAAACGUUUGAUCGGUUUGAUAGUAAGCAUAAUGAACGAUAUACAAAAGUCUGGAAUAAGCGUGGAACCAAAAUCGGGUCAAUGUCCGUCUGAUUUAACUGGGACUCCAGCACCCUCGACUUCGAACGAAACCGCUGAGGCAUUCAAUAAAUUUCUAAUAUCGAAAUUGACCAACAACGAUACUUUCGAUUAUUGGUCAGAAAAGGCCACUAUAAUGUACAAAGCUGAAAUAUCAUUGCAAACACUCGAACGUGGAUCUUUAAAACCACUUGGAACUUGGACCAGACGGAACAAGAUCGUUGAAGCUUCAGGCUCUAAGAUACAUCCCGCAAAGAGAUUCUUUCGAAUUGGAACCGCUAAAUCGACACCAUGGUCAAUGCCAAAAAUAGAUCCAGAGACUGGUCAGACAAUGAAAGAUGCCGAUGGUAACGAGAUUUGGGAAGGAUAUUGUAUUGAUUUUAUCGAGAAAUUAUCCGAAGAAAUGCAAUUUGAUUAUGAAUUGGUCAUUCCCAUGGAUCAUACUUUUGGUGAAAAACUUUCUAAUGGUCAAUGGAGUGGUCUGGUUGGUGAUCUGGCGAAAGGGGAAACAGAUAUUGCGGUUGGCGCAUUGACGAUGACUUCGGAAAGAGAAGAAGUGAUUGAUUUUGUUGCACCAUAUUUCGAACAAUCCGGUAUUUUAAUAGUCAUGAGAAAACCUGUUCGCAAGGCGUCGCUAUUUAAAUUUAUGACGGUAUUAAAGCCCGAGGUUUGGCUCAGUAUUGUCGGCGCUUUGACUUUAACCGGGAUGAUGAUUUGGAUAUUGGAUAAAUAUUCACCAUAUAGCGCUAGAAAUAAUAAGAGACUUUAUCCUUAUCCCUGCAGAGAAUUUACGUUAAAGGAAAGUUUUUGGUUCGCUCUUACAUCAUUUACACCACAGGGAGGUGGGGGCUCAAGUAGAACACUUGUGGCUGCUUAUUGGUUGUUCGUUGUGCUGAUGUUAGCAACAUUUACUGCUAAUUUGGCCGCUUUUCUUACCGUCGAACGAAUGCAAUCACCGGUCCAAUCUCUCGAACAACUGGCACGUCAAUCGCGAAUAAAUUACACGGUACGUGCUAAUUCAGGAGCCCAUCAAUACUUCAUAAACAUGAAGAAUGCCGAGGACAAGCUUUAUACUGCUUGGAAAGAAAUCACAUUGAACAGUACUAGCGAUCAAAUAGAAUAUCGUGUUUGGGAUUAUCCAAUAAAGGAACAAUACGGACAUAUACUUCAAGCUAUCACUCAAGUUGGCCCAGUUCAGACCAACGACGAAGGAUUCAGAAAGGUGAUAGAAAGUGAAAAUGCGGAAUUUGCAUUUAUACAUGAUUCCUCGCAAAUAAAAUACGAAGUUACGAGAAAUUGUAAUUUGACUGAAGUUGGUGAGGUAUUCGCUGAACAACCAUAUGCGAUUGCUGUUCAACAGGGUAGCCAUUUGCAGGAGGAGAUAAGUAGAAGGAUACUCGAUUUACAAAAGGACAGAUAUUUCGAAACCUUGGCCUCUAAAUAUUGGAAUCAAUCUUUGAAAGCGCAGUGUCCAAAUUCCGACGAUAGCGAGGGCAUAACGUUGGAAAGUUUAGGCGGAGUAUUUAUAGCAACAUUAUUCGGUCUCGCUCUGGCAAUGAUCACAUUGGCCGGUGAAGUUUUAUAUUAUCGUAAAAGAAAUGCAUCUCAAGGGAAGGACAAGAAGAAGGAUUCGAAGAUUAUGAAAAAAAUGGAAAAUGAUGAAAAAUUGAUGAUAAAAAAAUUGGCCUCGAAAUUGCAAAUGAAGCCAGCACCGACGGAUGGAUUUUUCAGUAGGCAACAACUCAGUCAACCACGUAUUUCACAUAUCUCGGUAUAUCCACGAAACUUUCCCUUCAAAGAGUGAUAAUUAAUAUAAAUUAAUUAAUUGAUAAUUAAUCAUUGACGACGAUCAUUAUAAUAUAUUAUGUGUAUAUAGAGUAAAGUAAUUUUCAAUAGGAAAUCAGUCAAGGAUUAAUCGAUUAAUAAAUAAAUAAAUAAAUAAAUAAAUAAAUAAAUAAAUAAAUAAAUAAAUAAAUAAAUAAAUAAAUAAAUGUUUAACAACGUAAUACA